CCCUCGAUCACUCCUAGAAAGGGACCUUCACCGCGCCCCAAACGUGCACACACAAGGCCGGUGGGAGGUGAGCAUCGAGCGUGUUAGGGCACCGAUCCGCUCCAGUAUGGAUGUGGCCCCAGACGGCAGGAUUUCCAAGAAAUCGAGCCUGUCCCUUCUGCACUUGUGAAUAAUUCCACAAGAGAGCACUUCGGGAUGCCGGAUUACCCCGAGGCCGCCCGGGACUCUUCCAGCUCUCCAGCCCCGGGUCUCCUGACAUUGUUAUCCCAGGCUCCGAGCUAAACUAGAGUUUGCCUCCCGAUCUUUCCACCCAGGGAAGCGAAUGCCACUCCCACCCGCAUCCGCCUGUGAGUCUCCCCUGCUGGCAGAAGGAAUGCCUUCCAGGUCCAAGGAGGUUGAAAGCGCAGCUCUUUUGGUGAGGAGGACCGGUCCCGCCCCCCACCCCGGACAAGGGGAAGGUUCGCCAGGUGUCGGCGAAUUGAAUUUGUCAAGAGGGUGCUGUUCUCAACCCUAGAUGGCUCCCUCCUAGGGCCGCGUUUCCAAAAUAACCACAUUUUUAAAGGGGUUGGAGGAGAGGGAGGGGAAGACAUGGCAACAUUCCAGAAACCAGCAUUGUUCCAGCACCAUAGCCAGUACGUUUCGUUUGGCUUGUUUAUAACAGAAAUCUCAGAAGGUGGGGAGGUGGAAAUAAAGUUUUAAAAGCAGAAAGAGCAGUUUUCCAACUUUGUCAACAAAGCCGAUCAUGUUGAUGUUUUUUAUUGACCAUUUUAGCAACAUGCUAAUAAAAUUUCAAAUUGAAAUUUUUAUUUUCAUGGCUUUAAUCCAUGAUAGCUUAAAUACUGGGGGCCAUUAAGAGUGGAUUUAGCUAAAAGCUUAGCUAACAUUGCCUUUUCACUCUAUUUUUCUCAAACCUUAUGAGAAUUCUGUUUUUGAAUAUUGUGGUUCAUUUUUUUUUUAACCCUAAGGGCAGCCUGAGUAAUGGUGGAGUUUUUAAUCAGUGUGUAUAUUGUGAUGAAUUUCCGUCAGUUAAGGGGUGUACUGCUUCGGUGGAAAUUGCUAGCAGGUUCCAUGGUGUUAAUUUCUCCUUGUUAUAUACCAUCCCAUAUUGGCAUUGUUUGCUUUCUUCCUUUCCCCUGAUCUUCUGAAAAAAUGAAUGUAGAAUUGGUGGCUUUUUCCCCCCUCCUCUUUAGCCAGUCCCACAGUUUAUUCCUGAAAACUGGAGAGAACUUCAAGGAUCAGGAGGAACAUAUGGUUUUCAAAACAGUAAGGUUGUUUGAAACCCCUUCCUUGGGCAAGGACUUACUAACUUCUCUCCCUGUUCGCAGCCCCAUCUGAUUAACUUGUUACUUGACUCAGUGUGUGUUAGACACACCUCCAGCAUCUAUUUCCCUUUCAAGGGAAUUUGUCAAAUAACAGUGUUUAGCUAAUUGUUGCAAGCAAUCACAUACUGACAGCUGUGAUUUAGUUGGACAGCAAAUAUUAUGGCCAAAGCCAGUUUCUUGGCAUUUCAAAAAUAAUGCAAUAAAAACUAGUCGAGUUUAGCUGAGACUGGAAUGCCUUUUUUUUUUUUUAAUGGUAAAAUGAUUCAUCUUUGUUUUGUUUUUUUGGUUUUCAGCCUGGAUUCAUUCCCUGAUCUUGAGUCAAAAGGUCAGAUCAAUGAACUAUGAACUAGAGUAUUUUUCUUAAGCCUAUUGAGUGAUUUAUUUUUUAAAAAAUGUUUAAACGCCUAUGCUUUUCUUUCAGCACAUACAACAGCAAAACUUUUGUAUUAAUGAACUUAUCUUUGCAUGUAUGGAGAACUGAAAAUCAUUUAUUUCCCUUAUUCACCUUUCAAAUAACAGAUGGUGGAUCCUAAAUCGAAAUUCUAUAUUGUGUCUACACAGCCCACAUCCUUUACUGUGUCCUAUUGUAUCUUGGUUCUUUGCUGUAUUAAAUACUACCCUAAGCAAUUGUUCAA